AUGCUCAUUCAGGUGGAUACUCGUCGACCUUUAAAGUUCUCGCGUAAGGCUGAGUCGCCGGAAGGGGAUGAGGUCACGUUGGAAAUCAAGUACAAAAUGUUGUUCAAACAUUGCUCAACCUGUGGUAUGUUAACUCAUGAGAAGGAGUAUUGCCCGUCGUUGGAUGUCAAAAAUAGGAUACAACCACAGACAGAGCGACAUGGUGUUUUCACUCGAGUGCAAGUCCCUUUGGACCAGAGGCACAAUCAGUCUAUCUCGCAUCAGAAUAAUGGAACGCAACCUCGUUACGGUAAUGAGAUAAGCCACGGCAGGUUCAACCAAUCUCGCGGCUCGAGAUAUGGUUCAAGCGAUAGGAAGUAUGAUGAAGAAAGCAACUAUCGUUGCUCUCAUUCUGAUAGGAUCAUGCGUAGACGGGACAAUCAUUCGAGGAGUAAUAGAUAUGGUGGAUCACGUGCUGGUACAGAAGAAAAUGUAACUAAACAUCUAAAGGAAGCUACUCGAGCGCUUUCAUUUCCUGCUUUAAUUGAUCAGGAGCUACAAGAGGGACUUGGGGAUAAGCAAAUCAUAGGUGCCCUGAGUGACAUGGAGAUUGCUGAUCCGCAUGAUGGCGAGAUGAUGGAGUGUGACGUGCGUGAUGAUGAUCUCUUAGGAGAUUUUAAUGAAAUCACAUAUCAUAAUGAGAAAGAAGGAGGGAGACAACGUCCUGAUAGUUCAUUCCUCCCUUUUAAGCAGAUGCUUAAUGACUGUGGGAUGUUGGAGUUUCCUUUCACGGGGGACAUGCUCUCCUGGGUAGGGAAGAGAGCAGGAGGAGCAACUGUUCGAUGUAGCUUAGAUAGAGCAGUAGGAAACGCAGAAUGGCAUGAAAAAUUUCCACACUCGACUGUGAAGUAUAUGAGGCUAUGGGGAUCUGAUCAUCGUCCGAUUCUUGCAGACAUCCUCAUAAAGCCAAUAAGGAGAUCAAGAAAAUUUAAGUUUGAUAAAAGAUGGCUGGAUAAUGAGGAACUAAGGCAAGAACUCUCUGAUGCUCUUAAAGCAGAAGAAUUGUUCUGGAAACAGAAGAGUCGGGUGUUUUGGCUGAGAGAAGGGGACAGAAAUACGAAAUUUUUUCAUGCCUUAACGAAGCAAAGAAGAUCAAGAAAUAAAAUCACACAGCUCCUAGAUGUGAAUGGAAACAUAGUUGAGGAUGAAGAAGGAUUAGUAGCCAUUGCUACUAGUUAUUUUAGAAAGAUCUUUGAGUCAUCGAAUCCAGAUGAUAUUGAAGAUGCACUUUCUCAAGUUCCAGCGUCGAUCACUGGUGCUAUGAAUGAUAACCUUACAGCUCUGGUCUCUGAAUGGGAGAUCAAACUGGCGCUCUUUGCUAUGCAUCCGGAGAAGGCCCCAGGACCAGAUGGGAUGACUGCGCUUUUUUAUCAGAAAUUCUGGGAUAUAGUAAAGGAGGAUUUGACUCUUAUGGUCAAUAAAUUCCUUUUUGAGGGGACGGUGACGACUGGACUGAAUGAUUCAAAUAUAUGUCUCAUCCCGAAGAUAACGAGACCUAAUGAGAUGGCUCAGUUUACACCCAUUAGCUUAUGUAACGUCAGUUACAAGAUAAUCUCUAAGGUCUUAUGCCAGAGAUUAAAGAAAGUGCUACCAGGAUUGAUAUCAGAGACUCAGUCGGCCUUUGUUGCUGGGAGACAGAUCUCUGACAACAUCAUGAUUGCUCAGGAGAUGUUCCACGCUCUCAGAACUAAACCUAGUGGACGCAAUAAGAGAAUGGCCAUCAAGAUAGACAUGAGCAAGGCAUAUGACAGGAUGGAAUGGUCCUUUAUUGAAGCUGUCAAGAUGGGGUUCUCAGAGACAUGGUUCACCUGGAUAAUGCGGUGUAUUACGUUGGUGAAAUAUAAGCGGAUUAAUGUGACUAUGAGACAAGAGCUUAAAGAUGUGCUUGGAAUACAGAACGAGGGAGGAAUGAGAACCUAUCUUGGCAGAUGGCUAUCGAAAGGAGGGAAGGAAGUGCUGAUAAAAUCCAUUUUGCUCGCUCUACCGACAUACGUGAUGUCUACUUUCCUACUCCCAUUGGAGAUAUGUGAAAACCUUGCUAGUGUCAUUGCACAAUUCUGGUUGAGUUCAAAUCCACCAAAAAGAGGGAUACACUGGGCAAAGUGGGAAAAAGUUUGUUUACCAAGAGAGGAGGGUGGGAUCGGUUUCCGUAUGAUCCAUGAGUUCAACUUGGCGCUAUUGGCAAAACAAUUAUGGAUGCUAGUUCAAUUCCCUGAUUCUUUGGUUGCACGGGUCUUGUGGGGAAGAUACUAUAGAUUGAGUUCUCCAUUAAGAGCGAACACUGCUACCAGCCCAUCCUAUGUGUGGACAAGCAUUUCUGCCGCAAGGAAGUUGUUAUUACUGGGGAUCAGACAGAAGAUACAUUCAGGGUAUGAAGUCAAGGUAUCGAAGGAAUGGGACAUUGGUCUAUUGGAGAGUUAUGUCAGUCUUGAGGACAUACCUCUCAUAAGGAGUCUAGCCAUAAGCUCAACUCAUAGUCGGGAUACUUUUUGCUGGAGCUACACAAGGAAUGGCCAAUACACGGUCAAAUCUGGAUACUGGGUGGCUCAGAAUGUACUAAAGCCAUCGGCUGAGAAGGAAGUUCUAGAGCCAAGCAUCACUAAGCUCCAAGCCUUUGUGUGGCAGAUAAAGGCGCCGAAGAAGAUAUGUCAUCUUAUAUGGCAACUGUUAAUUGAUCAUGUGGCAGUAACGAGAAACUUAACAAGACGCAAUAUGAGGUGUGACAAUUACUGUCCAAGAUGUGGAGAACUAGAGGAAACAGUAACCCAUGCCGUUUUUGAAUGUCCGCCAGCUCUCCAAGUUUGGUCAUUAUCGUCGACUCCGACAAGCCCAGAUAUAUUUACCGUAUCAAGUGUCUACACAAAUAUGGACUAUCUGUUUUGGAGGAAGAAUAGCAUUAUUAAACCAGAACUAGACAUGAACCAGAACUAG